AUGGAGGGGAUAAUAUUACAUGAGUGUGAUACUAUAACAUUUGAGCCUUUAACUUCUUAUGCUGAUGUGAAGGAUUUGUAUAUUGGAGAUUCCACUAUUUUCAUGGAAUCCCUCACUAAUAUUUACCAUUCUGGCAUUAAAAAGGUGUAUUUUUUAGUGGAAUCAUAUAAGCUGAAUAAAUACAUGGCCCUAGAAAAAAGUUACAGUAUCGGUAAAAGGGACUCACAAUUAGUAAUAGAAGUAGUUGCCGUAAAUGUUACUAAAAUGGAUGUCGGCCCAGCAUUAAGAGAAUUUUUCACCACUCACACCAAUAUACAACAAUUUCUACUCAUGUAUAGUAAUACUUUGCUGAGUGUUCCGAUUUCUGACGCUUUAGAGUUUCAUGAUAAUUUAAUGAAGACUAAUUCCAAAUACACAAUGACAAUGCUUUACACACAACACAAUUCCAAACUGUAUAGUGAUAUGGAGAAUGAUGGAGUGGUAAUAUCGAAUGAAAGGACUGGAGAAUUGUUAUUGACAUCGCAAACGGAUUUGAUAUCUUUUGAUUAUAACCUUUUUAGCCGAACUGGUUUUAAUCCUCUCUCAGUUCGUUAUGACCUUCUGGAGUCUUCAGUAUAUCUCUGCUCCUCACUCAUCAUUGAAAGUGUUAUGGAACAGUUUGACAAAAAUCGCAUGUCUCAAUUAGUAAAUGCAAUACUCACUGAUGAGAUUAAAAUUUCUGAAAUCUACUGUUAUACUUUGCAAAAUGACGCAGCUUUUCCCGACUUUCCAGCAGCUCUUAAAAUCAACUCGCCCAGACUUUAUCAUACUAUUUAUAUGCAAUAUAUACAGCGGUUUCUAACUAGUCAUAGUACUGAUAGUAGUAUUGAUAGUGGUAGUAGUGUUAGGGGUAAGAAAGGAAUGGAUGAUGUAAAUAGAGGGAUUGGUCCUAGAAUAAGUGAAACCUCAUAUUUUAAUAGGGAAAAUAUAGUAGCCAGUGCAUCUAACACUAUGAUGAACAGUGUUAAGAAAAGUGUUUUAGGACAUAAUGUGAGAGUUGGCAGUAAUGUCACAGUUGUCAAUAGUAUUGUCUUUGACAAUGUUACAAUACAUAAUAAUUGUAAUAUUGUUGACACAAUAGUAAUGGAUAACUGCGUUAUUAAUGAAGGAGUAAACCUAGUUUCAGGCUCUGUGAUUGGGAAAAACUGUGAAAUUAGCCCAAAACUGGUAAAUAAUAGAGGGAAGUCAGUGUUCUGUGCAAUGGAUCAGACGAAAUUCUAUGACCUAACUGAGGAUUUAGUUGUUGAGGGUGAUGGAAAAGUGUUUUUAUGGAAUUUGGAACCGUUUACAAAUGAUUUUUCGCUUUAUAAAAUUGGUGAUGAUUUCUUUAAUCACACCACAUUCACAAUUGAAUUUGAUAAUCUAACAGACGAUUCCACUCACUCAACGGAAUUUAGUGGUGAUUCAGAUGAUGAUUUUGAUAAUUUAGAUGGCGAUUUAGACGAAGAUGAACAUGAGUUUGAAAAUUUGGAGCUGGAAAUGAUGAUAAUUGAGAGUUUAGAGGAGCCAAAAUUAGUGGAAAAUAAGUUAUUGGAAAUUCGAAGCCUAAGAUUAGCACAUAAUAUUACUGAAACUGAAAUGACAUUUAACACUCAUAAAUUUGCAAUUAAAUGGUUAAUACAACAGGCUCAAGAAGAUGAAAUAGAAGAAACGAUGGAAAAAUCGCAGUUGCAACAAUUACUUAACACUUUCAAAACCAAAUUGGAUAACAAUUUGGAAAAUAAAUUGUUUGAAGAAAUAUUAAGAUUAUGUGUAGAAAAUGGAAAAGAUGAGUUGUAUUUUUGUAAAUUAAUGGAGGCCUUUUAUCACUCGGAAGUGCUAAAUUUUGAAGAAUUCCCAAACUGGGCUAAAAUUAAACAGUUCAAGGAACCAAGAUUAAUAUCAUUCGCAAAUUGGCUGGAAGAAGACUGA